UAACAUUGUACCUGUACAUUGAACAUUAAAUAUUGCUCAGAGAGAAAACAUGCAAAUAAUGGUAAAAAAUGUCAAUUUAUCGCUUAGUUUAUCAUUAACCGCACUGAGGCUGGUAGGCUUUUGGCCACCGGAUAAUUUGCAAGGGACCAGAAAACUGAUUUACGAUUGUUAUGCGGUUUUGUCUUUUAUGUUCUUACAAGGAGUCUAUCUCCUCGCUCAAAUAGCAGAUUUGAUUGUAAUAUGGGGAGAUCUCCCGCUGAUGACUGCAACAUCGUUCAUUCUGUUCACGAACUUGGCGCAAGCUGUGAAGUUCAUAAAUUUAGCGGUGAAGAAUAAAAUGAUAAGGAGAAUAGUCAAUGAUUGUGAUCAGGUGUUGGGAAAUGUCCAGACUGAGGAGGCCAAAAGGAUUGUUAGAAGAUGUGACAAAGAUACGACAGUCCAGCUGGUGGCGUUCUUCAGUCUGACACUGUUCACAAUCACAGGCUUUGCCACCAGUGCUGAGCGCGGCCAUUUACCACUGCGGGCUUGGUACCCAUACGACACGAGCAAGUCACCAACAUAUGAGUUGACUUUCGUACACCAGGUGUACGCUUUGUUCGUGUCAGCGUUUCUAAACGUGGCGAAGGAUACGAUGGUGACCACCUUGAUCGCUCAGUGCCACUGUCAGCUGAAACUGAUCGGUUUGUCUUUGAGAACACUGGGCAAAGAUUUGGAGGUUGAUAAAUCGCACCUCCUAAGUCCGAAACAAGGGGAACUGAUACGAAGCCGUCUUCAUAAAUGUGCGAUGCAGCAUCAGAGAGCGCUGGACGUGGCACAGCAGCUCCAACUUUGCUUCUCUGAGCCGACUUUCGCCCAGUUCAAUGUGUCACGCAUCAUCAUUUGUGUUUCCGCGUUUCAACUAGUCUCGGCAACCAAUAAUAUGGUACGGCUCGUCUCAAUGGGAACGUAUUUGGUAAACAUGUGCUUUCAAGUAUUUCUCUACUGUUACAAUGGAAACCAACUAUCUGAGGAGAGUUCAGAUAUCUCUGUGGCGGCAUACUUCAGUCCUUGGCACACGAUGUCGCCAUCAAUCAGACGUGAGCUGAUCAUCAUCAUGGUGCGCUCUAAGCGCAUCGCUCGCAUCACCGCCGGAGGGUUUACCACGCUUUCCCUUGCUUCAUUUAUGGCUAUCAUAAAGGCGUCUUAUUCCUUAUUCACAUUAUUGAAGCAAGUAAAUGACGGCGAUUACAAGAGCAUGGAAAUCAUUGUGCAAAACACCAAUUUGCCACUCAGCAUGGCUCUGUCUAUUAUGAAAUUGUUGGGGUACUGGGCUCCGCGCCACUUCCGAGGCACAAAAAAGUUCAUUAUAAAUUUUUAUAUAUUUUUCUCGUUUAAUUUUUUGGUUGGAAUUUAUGUCAUCACUCAAACCAUAGAACUGUUCCAAGUAUGGGGAGACAUAUCCCUGAUGACCAGUGCUGCUUUUCUGCUUUUCACCAACAUAGUUUUAGGGUUGAAGCUUCUUAACGUAUUAAUAAGGCGUGAGACGGUCGAGGCAAUGAUCGACGAAUCUGACGCAGUUUUAAGAGCUGAAGACAGGGAUGAAGGGAAAUACAUUCUUAACAGUAUUAACCGGGAGACGACAAUGUUGCUGUUCUCCUUUGUGUUCUUGUCUGCUGUGACGGUAAUAGGAUGGGGCAUAAGUGCUGAGAAACGUCAGUUACCCUUGCAGGCCUGGUAUCCGUAUGAUAAGUACAAAUCACCGGCUUUCGAGUUAACAUACGCUUACCAGGUAGUUGCUGUGAACCUGUCAGCCGCUGUGAAUGUGAGUAUGGAUACGUUGGUGACCUCUUGUAUAGCCCAGUGCCGCUGCAGGUUGAAGAUUCUAGGGCUAUCCUUGAAGACGUUGUGCCAGAACGCAAUCCAUACUGGACAGUGGGUACUAACACCGGACCAAGAGAAGAUAGUUGCUAGCCGUCUCCGUCGUUGCAUCACUGAGCACCAAGCUAUACUCUCUACAGUGGUGAAGAUACAAGAAACAUUUUCGGAACCACUGUUCGCUCAGUUCACAGUAUCUAUCUUCAUCAUAUGCGUCACCGCUUACCAAUUAGUAUUUGAGACCAAAAGUACUUUGCGCCUUAUUGCAAUGUUGGCGUACCUUUUGGUGAUGAUGCUCCAAGUUUUCUUGUUCUGUUAUCAAGGAAAUGAACUUUCUGAAGAGAGUACUAACGUGGCGAAUGCAGUCUAUACUUGCCCGUGGUAUGCAUGCUCAGCGAAACUGAGACGUCUUCUGCUCCUACCCAUGACGCGUUCAGUCCGAGUGGCUCGGAUCACUGCAGGAGGCAUCACUACACUGUCACUCGCGGCGUUCAUGGCUGUGAGUCUUCAAUCAGUAACAGCAAUGGACAGUUAACGGCUAAUAUGAUGA